AUUAUCCAAAAUCCAAAUACGUCAUAAUUGAUGAAGGAGGAAGCCUUUGUUUUGCAUCGCAGAAAUAUAAUUAUUUGUAAAAAUUGUAUACGUUGCGGUGUGGCAUUUGUUGAAUUUAGAUAUUGAACGUGUAUUAUUUUUUAAAACAAGGCGAACUGUUACUAAUCUAUCUAAAAUGACUUCAGGACCAUACAAUUAUUCUUACAUAUUUAAAUACAUCAUCAUUGGUGAUAUGGGAGUUGGCAAAUCAUGUCUAUUGCAUCAGUUUACAGAUAAGAAAUUUAUGGCUGACUGCCCACACACAAUUGGUGUUGAAUUUGGGACCCGAAUUAUUGAAGUAGCUGGCCAGAAAAUUAAACUGCAAAUAUGGGACACUGCUGGACAAGAAAGGUUUAGAGCUGUAACUCGCUCAUAUUAUAGAGGUGCUGCUGGAGCACUAAUGGUAUACGACAUUACAAGAAGAUCCACUUAUAAUCAUCUUAGCAGCUGGCUUACAGACACUCGUAACUUGACAAACCCCAGCACUGUGAUAUUCUUGAUUGGCAACAAAUCAGAUUUAGAUGGUCAAAGAGAUGUCACAUAUGAGGAAGCAAAACAAUUUGCUGAUGAAAAUGGACUUAUGUUUGUUGAAGCUAGUGCUAAGACUGGUCAAAAUGUGGAGGAAGCCUUUCUUGAAACAGCUAAGAAAAUAUAUCAAAGCAUUCAAGACGGGCGAUUGGACCUGAACGCAGCUGAGUCCGGAGUGCAGCACAAGCCGGCGUCCCCGGGCCGUCCGCUUGCUGCUCCCCCGGCCGCGCGAGAUAACUGCGCUUGCUAACCGAUCUCGCGAUCAAUAUGGAUAAACCAGAAAUCAUACUUAAUGGUUAAGAAUUAUUAUCCUAGUAAUAAAUUCAAUUGUCAUAAAUUUUGUUUUGUUUUGACAUAAUUUAUAUUAGCAUACAUUCCACGUUAUAUUUGUGUUUAGAAUGUUAUAGGUGUCUCAUGAAGGGAGCAUUAAUAUAUUUUAUAUAAUAAUAAUCUUAGGUACUUUUGUUCUCAUUAUACAGUUUUUUUUUUAAGAAUACAUGUGCUAGUGAUCUGAAAUCUUAGUUUUCAGAUGUAUUAUGUCAGACACACUUUCAGUAAUAGUUCUAUGUGUGGUAUACCAGGUUUUUCAAGUAACUUUAGUUAAUAAUUGCAUUUAUAAUAGGGCUUCUUUCGUAUCUCGGUAUAUUUUCAGUUAAGUAUACCUACCUAAAACAAGUUUGUAGAUAUCAAUAUUCGACAUUAAAUUCUGCAGGGCACAGGAUCCUGUGGAAAAAGUUGGAAGAGAGCUUUAUCAGGUCAAAUAAAUACAGAAUACAAAUUUAACAUCUGGUUAUAUUAUUAAACAAUUGACCUUAGGCCUGGCGUCAACUAUCGGUUUGCUAAAGAUGCGGCUUCGGGCGUCAUUAGGUGUGCUUACAACUGCAGGCAGCUCUCAGGUGCCCGAAGGCCCCGAAGCAGCCCAAGCUGCACCGAGCCUGUUCGCACCGAUAGUAGGCAUGGGGCAUAAGGGCCGCGCUGUAAUGUAUUCAUAAGUAAUUCACUACCUACUCUACUCUAUGAUCGACACAUAUUAUUGUAAUUUCUAGUUGUACAUGUGGCGUGACACUUAAAAAUAUUCUCUUGAUGAGACACCUUAUUAAGAGCAUGGAGUGUUUGCUGUACUCAGUCAUUUUACUAUGACCGAGGUCUGGGGACUAUGAAUUUUCUGUGGGCUUAUAAGAAAGUUGGGCUUGUUUAAAUGUAUUAUUAUUAUUAUUUAUGAUCUAUGUAUUGUUAGUAACUUUUGUAUAUUUUAAACACUACAGGAAUUUAAAGAAUUAAAUUAUUUUUAAGGCUAUACUUUAUUCAAAAAUGUUAGUAGUUGCAUGAUAGUAACAUCUUAAGUAAUAAUUUGAUAUAAUAAUCAGUAUCACUAAUUGAAUAAAAAUAUCUUAAAAUAAAAAGUAGUGCUAAGUCUGUUUUACUUGAAUAAUUCAUUGUAAGUCUAAUUUCAUUCUCUUCAUUGCAAUCUGAUACAUUAUAACUUGUAGUCCUACAACUGUAAAAUGUAUCCCGAUUUUCUUAUCUGGUGCAUCUAAAUGUUAUUAUGCCUUAUUUGCUUAGUUUUGAAUAAUCCGACUAGACAAGUAGCAAGGGUGCUAAACCUGUUGUACAAUUUAUAUAUACACACUGGUGUUCGAAAACUAGACGGUAUAAUGUGAACAGGGCUGCCCUACUUUGACUGCUCUGGGAAAAAAAAAAUAUUUCCUUUUUUCAAGAAACAGACUUCGAAAUGAAAUAAGGAGGUUCUCAGUUUGACCUGAAUAUAUGUUUGUGCGCGAUUAUCUCGCGAUUGGCUGAACCGAUUUUGAUGCGGUUUUCAGAAAAGUGUUUGUUAACUUAGGAUAAGGUUUUAGUGUAGUUACAGAAGAAUAACUGGUAAUCCUAGAAAAUGGACACCUAUAAGACAUUUUCGAGUACCAUGGCCACAAUAUUAAAAUAUUUAUGAUUUCUGUUUGGUAUGGAUUACCUCAGCAAUGCUGCUUUCCACUAUCAUCAAUAAAAAUCUCUUAACAAAGCUCGUUUUUUCAUAUAAAACUAAAAUACUUUUGUAUCCAAAGUAAGAUAAUUAUCAGUAGAGAUAUCUACUUGUCAAGUUAUAUUGUUUGAUUGAGUUAGUUAUUUUUGGUACAUACACCUGUAUAAUAUAUCCAUAUGAAAAAAUUGUAUUGCAUAGUACAAGGUUACCUAAUGUAUAUAUAUUUUGGUGCAGGUCUAGGUGUAGAUUUGAAUUUAUUAAAGAACAAUAAUAUAGUUCUAUUUAUUUUUGUGACUUUCGAAGAAUAAAUUAUGUAAUGUACAGUUGGACAACCACAAAACAAAAAGGGAUUGAUUUAAAAUUUGUAUAUUUACGGAAGCUCGAUGUUGAUAUAAAAAUAAAAUUGUCAGUAGUGUAACCUUCAUAUUAUAAAACCUGUGUAGGAAACAGAUCGCGUCAUUUAAUAUAAUAAAACUAUUAAACAUAUUUAUUACCUGCACACUUGGCGCGGCGGCUGGAUAACCGGCUGCCAAGCUAUGUGUAGCAGGUUUGAUACCCGCACGGAGCAACUCUUUGUAUAAGCCACAUAUUGUUGUUCUGUCUGGUUGUAAUGUAUAUGUGAAUUUUUAAGUUUAUAAAUGCACCCGUGACAUAAUAACGAUUUCAAAAAGAAAAAUAUUUCAAGUAUAUACAUAGAUAUCAUUCCUUGAAUAAGGUAUAGCUAAAAAAACCUAACCUAACCUACUGCCGAAGGCAAUAUGUUGAGUCAGUGACAUGUGUACUAUAUUUUAGACCUAACAUGAGCAUCGGAAAUACAAAUAAAACUAUGAAAAAGGAACUGUGUAUUUUCAAGCUUUAAUAUAAUUCCUAUGUAGGUACAUAAUAUUAGUGUGGUUUGUUGUACAUAAAUAAGACGACAUGGACGUUGCAAAAACACUAACUGUGCCCUUUUUAGGCUAGUGUCGACAAAACGAAUGUAAUAUUUUUAAAAAUUUGCGCUUUGUGUUCUUUUUACUUUCCUAUCGAUAUCAUCAGACAUUUCAUUCGAAUCGGCUAUCUUGAGAUGAUAAUAUAAUUAUGUAUAUUGUAUAGUGAUAAAAACUACAAUCUCAUUGUCUUCGCUAUUAUUAGCUAUGCAUAACAAUCGUAUUAGAAAUGUGUAAGUGUAGUUGUUACGUGUUUCCGAUAAGACUACUGAUUUUAAUGAUUUUUUGGUACAGUACAUAGUUACAUACAAAGCUAAGCAUUGUUGCUUAAGCGCUUUUAGCACAAGCACACAAGCAAAUUCAAGUAUUAAUAUUAUGGAUGUCAUAUUGUAAUUUGGUUUCAGAUUUAGACUUACUACCUACUGGCUUUUUGAAUAAGAUCUGUGUGAAAUUUUACCAUGAUUAUAAAUUUUGUGGUAUGAAUUGCAUAUCUUUAAAUCAAAAACUACCAUAAAGUAUAAACAUAUAAAACUUUAUUGUAUAAAUCGUUACAAUCGGCCUUACAUUACUACCUACAAUUAGGUAUAUAUUUUUUAAUGUUCACUUAUAAUUAUAUGUUAUCUCCACCA